AUUUUAAAAAACAAAAACUUAGUCAAUAAAAUAUUACUUUGACAUAAUUAAAAAUUGACCCAAUGAUAGAUAAGUCAUUGGAGAGAGAAAGAGAUAAUGAGAAUAAAGUAGCAGGCCAAUUGAUACUCAAUACCCACCACAAGUCCAAGUUUUCACAUACCCUUAAACCAUCUUCAAGACCUUAAUCAAUUAAUUAAUUAUAAAAAGUUGAUUUAAUAACAAUUAAUUACUAGAAAAAUAUAAGAAAAAUACAAUGCCUAAAAAAAAAAGAUUACAGAGCAUAAGCAAAGUUUAGAAUAAAAGAAAAUUGGAGAGAAAGCGUGCAAACACGACAUGAAGAGAAAGUGUACCACGUUAGGAGUGGCCGGUUGGUCAUAUGUUCACUAAACACACAAUACACAAAUACACUCAUCUUCUUCCUUUCAAUUCAAGGCUCUCUCUCUCUCUGGUUCUUUUCUACCCGAAAGCUCCCAUAUCUAGAAGCAAAAGACUAAUCAUCCAUACUUCUCUGCAAUCUUUCUCUUUUUUCUGAUGAAGAAACUUUGUCCAAAUUUUGAUCGAGAAGAUGGGUUGGACACAGUCCUUGAAGUUCCAAUCCCAGAAGAGAUGUUUGCUUCAAACAAGAAUAGGUCAUGGCAGAACUUCAAAGCUUGGAUGAGACCACAUACUGAUCAUAGGUCUCUUUCAAACAUAUUUGGUGGCAGAAACUCUGAGAUCCAACUCUUGCUUGGUCUCGUUGGUGCUCCUUUGAUCCCUCUCCCCAUCUGCUCUGAUCACCAGUUCAUCAACCACAACAUCAAAGAUCAACCUAUUGAGGCAUCAAUAGCAAAAUACAUAGUGCAAGAAUACGUAGCCGCAGUGGGAGGGGAGAAAGCAUUGAAUUGUGUAGAAAGCAUGUAUGCAAUGGGGAAAGUGAAAAUGGGAGCUUCAGAAUUCUGUGCAGGAGAAGGGAGCUUGAACAGUAAGGUGGUGAAAGUGAAGGAUUUGAUGAACGGAGGUGGAGAGAUAGGAGGAUUUGUUCUUUGGCAAAAAAGGCCUGAGUUUUGGUGCCUGGAGCUAGUUGUUUCAGGCUGCAAGAUCAGUGCAGGCAGUGAUGGUAAGGUGGCUUGGAGGCAGACUCCAUGGCAUCAUUCCCAUGCCUCCAGAGGCCCACCUAGGCCCCUCAGGCGCUUCCUUCAGGGUCUUGAUCCCAAAUCCACAGCCAACUUAUUCUCCAACUCCAUUUGCAUCGGCGAGAAGGCGAUCGACGACGAAGGCUGCUUCGUACUUAAGCUUGAAGCCGCACCUUCAUCACUAAGAGCAAGAAGCACAGGCAACGUAGAACUAAUGAAGCAUACAGUCUGGGGAUACUUCAGCCAAAGAACAGGUCUCUUAGUCCAACUAGAAGACUCUCACAUUCUAAGAAUCAAAGCCUCAGGGAGAAAUGAAACCAUUUACUGGGAAACCACAAUGGAAUCUAAAAUUACAGAUUACAGAACCAUUGAUGGAAUCAACAUAGCACAUGGUGGUAGAACAUCAGUUUCAUUGGCUAGGUUUGGUGAGAACUCAGAGAGCAAAUCAAAAACAAGAAUGGAAGAGAUUUGGGCAAUAGAAGAAGUGGAUUUUAAUAUAAAAGGAUUGUCUAUAGACUGCUUUUUGCCACCUAGUGACUUGAAGAAAGUCGAAGAAGAAGGUUAUGGAGUUCUGAAUUGUAAUAAUGAAAAAUUGCCAUUGCAGAUAAGAUCAGCUUCUACUAGGAUUCAUGCUUCUAAGGUUGUUCAUGUUUAUGUUGAUGACUUAGAAAAUAGUAUUGAAGAUGAUGAUGAGGAAGAUCAUUGAAGAGUUAUAAAUUUGUUUCCAUUUGUAAAUACAAAUGAAAUCUUUAUAUAUUACUAUUAUUAUUUUAUUUGUUUGAAUAGAA